ACUUUCCAUUCACGUUUAGUAUCGGUUUCCGAAGCUAUAACAAAUCCUCCAUCUUCUAAUCCAAAUCUUUUGAUAAUUGAUACUAUAUCAUUUGCAAUUCCUCCAACAAGCCUACACAAAAGUCAAAAUCUAUGACCUGCUAUCUAGAACUCAAACACUUCCGACUCAUUUAUACACUAAGCUCUCCAAUUACUACGGCAUCACUAGCCAUGCAUAAUCUAACCACAGACUCCUCCAUGAACGUCCAAAACCUACUACCAGACACCGCAUUACCAGCCGCUUCUAUCCAUACUCCGCCUCCAACCCCAAAAGAAACCAUAACCCAAAUAACCGAAACAAACCGCAUCAAAAAAUGUCCGAAUUCCAAACCGACGAGUGACGACAAAAACCCAAAAGCUCCUCAUCGACCACCAGCAUACACCUCCUUCAGCACCUUCGGCCUAGAAGAACCCGAAGAUCCUAAAAGCCUAGAAACUCCCAGAAAGGAAAAUCCAGCUCUUGUUGCCUCUGCUCCUCCUACAGCUAUGGAACAAAUUAAAAAUGUCUUGGGUUUGGAGCAACCUCAAAAGUAAGGAAUCUUGAGUCCGAACCUGUGAUUUUUCGGUAUGGAUUACGUAUCUAAUAAAGGGUGUUUUCAGGCGCUGACUUUUGUAUAGGGGAGUGGUAUAUUUGUGGGAGUUGUGUGUGAGUAUUUAUCGUUUGGUAAUGAGGCGAGA